AAUGCAUUUUGAUGCGUGUGUGAGUGAGAGAGAGAGAGUGUGUGAGAGAGAGAGAGAGAGAGUGUGAGAGACUCGCGGUGGCAAAUGCGGCCGUUAAUUGCCGCUCUGUGUGUUGUUGUUGUUGUUGUGUGAUGUCCGUCCUGACCGCCGCCCGAGAUCAGCGCCGCCGAGGGUGAGGUCUCUCACCCACUCACAGCACAACACUUUCGUAUUGUUUUCGCCUUCAUCAUCAUCAUCAUCACCACACCCGCCGGGUCCCCCCCACCCUCUCCUCUCCCCCCUCUCUCCCCCCCCAAUAUGCGCUGCCGUUCCCCCUGUCAGGCUGCGGAGAUGGAGGAGAGCCGGAACGUUGAAAUCAUGGGCAUUUACGAGUCAAUACUUGAAAGAAAGCGUCAUGACAGUGAAAGAUCCUCCAGCAGUAUAUUGGAACAGAACGACAUUGAAGCAGUGGAGACACUUGUUUGUAUGAGUUCCUGGGGUCAGAGGACACAGAAAGGGGAACCAUUAAAAAUCCGACCGCUUACACCUGCUUCUGACACCGAUUCCAUACUUGGUGAAUCUGCUUCGAUGUUGCCAAAAGACUACAACUCAUUUUCUUUGCUUUGUAUGACCCCACCACACAGUCCCGGUUUUGCUGAACCUACAAGUGUCGUUGCCCCAGUGCCAGCACUUACUCAGACAAACCCAUCAAUAGUCACCAUGAACACUGCUAUCUGCUCAACGACUUCAGUCAACACUGCACACGCUAAACCCGCUGUACUGGAUAUGCCGUUACCCUUGUGUCAGAAGCCCCCUUUGUGCAAACAAACUGUUUCACAUCACUGCAGAUCUGUGGCAACCAGUGUCAUCCGUCACACUGCUGAUAACUCCCCUUGCAGCCACAUUCCUUCACUGCCACAGACUGAGAGACUGUAUUUAAAUAGCAAAGAGCUGAGGACGGAGGUGCACAGGAAGGUGUUGGAGCAGUCUAAGUGUACCCAGGGUACUUGUACGUCAAGCAUACAUUGUUUGCAGCAGCGUUUUCCCGGCCCAUUUACCAGGGACCAGCAACCAGCAGUGUCUUCUUCCUCACUGCCAUGCGCAGUGUACAAACCUGAAACAGAAAGACGCAACCUCAUCAGGCCAUUACCAGCACACUUCCCGCCUGUUCCAUUUGCAAAAUCUCCAGUUAUCUGUCAGAUGUUUCCAAUCAAUGGAGGCAGAGGAGGAGGGAGAGGAGGAGGAGGAGGUAUCAUUUCAGCAUUCAUCCCAACAAGUAACCACAGUGGCAAACCUACAUUUACCCAGACCUCUCCAGUUUCUCAGCCUGUCCUCGUAGGAACAUCCGUGCCACAAGGAACUGUGAUGCUUGUUCUGCCACCAGCUUCUGUCACACAACCGUCAACAAGUCAACAGAGCGUGAUGAAUGUGGGCAAUACAAAAUUACUGCCACUUGCCCCGGCUCCUGUUUUUAUCACCUCCGGCCAAAACUGUGCACCACAGCUGGACUUCUCAAGAAGGCGUAAUUACAUUUGCAGCUUUACUGGGUGCAGGAAGACCUACUUCAAGAGCUCUCACCUCAAAGCACAUCUCCGAACGCACACAGGUGAAAAACCUUUCAGCUGUAACUGGGACGGCUGUGACAAAAAGUUUGCCCGUUCGGAUGAGCUGUCCCGACACCGCAGGACUCACACGGGGGAGAAGAAGUUCAUGUGUCCCAUUUGCGAUCGACGAUUCAUGCGCAGCGACCACCUGACGAAACAUGCUCGACGUCACUUGACCUCAAAGAAAGUGCCCAACUGGCAGGCUGAGGUUAACAAACUGAACAAAAUUGCCACCUCAGCACCUUCCAGCAGGAAUCCUCUCGUCCCGAUGAGUGUUUUUAUUCCUCCACCAGCCUCUGCCUGAGUACAAUACUUAUAGAGAAAAUUUGCACUGUGUCGUUGGAAAGUUGAAACUGAAGCAGAGUGUCAGCGGGAUCUGAAGGAGUGGCUGUUUGACGGAUGAUUUCUGAAGCUGUUCUAAAUGCUGCAUGUUUUUACCAGAUUUUCUUCAAUAUGAGUUCAUUUUUCUAUGCAGUAAUGUAUUAUUGAGUAGUAUUAUGUAAUCAUGGCUAACCAUGCAAAAUCUGGAAAGCACAGAGUGGAAUUCGGCUUUCGUUCAUAGUGGACGGUAAUGAUGACGUGUGUGUGUGUUUGCGCGCGUGUGUGUGAAGUGGGUUUCCGUCAGUGUUAAGCCUGGAAACUUAUCCACUUUGUAAACAUUUAAAUGUCUUUAAAUACUAUUUGCUAUGCACAUUGAUUGUAUACAUCAUUUAUUUAAUAAAACAAUUUUCAUGUAAAA